UCGCCUUGAUAGAAAUUGUCGGUUUCAUUCAACCCGAUGGCUGAUCGUAUUAUUGAAAGGCAAGACGACGCGUGCCUUUGAAGGAAGGGAGAUCAGAAGCUCGAAACUCUGCCACGAUUGACUUUAGCUUGUAUUGAUCUCCAGAUGUUUUGCAACUACCCACCAGCUACCACUUCGCUUCCUACUUCUGCACCUGCUCGUGGUCUUCUUACAAAAGCAAACAGGUCAACCUUCGAUUUCCCAUUAUAUUAUAAUACCAGACGGUGCUUUCGGUUUCAACGAUGCCGAUAAUCUCUUCGCUCAAUACUCCGCCGCUAACUCGUUCAAAGAAAGUCACUUCUCCAUGGCCCUUUGUAAAACCAGUCAUUUUGUCUCCUUUAUUGCACGGACAUUCCUCGUGUACCGUCGCGCAUGAAACCCAAGCGUGGCAUACCACAGCCAACAAAACACCAUCAUGGAUCAUUGGUGCAGAUUCCACAAUAAUGAUACCAAUCGGAUGACAAGACGAACACAAAGUCAGGCCCUCGAUGUCACCUGCCACCACCUGGUCAUUCAUCAUCGUAUUCAAUGGGGAGUGCAUCAAGUACUUGAACCUCGGGUUAUUCUCUGCAUCAUGAGUCCCACUACCCAUUCGCAUCCCGAAUCAAGAACUGCAGGACUUCAUUUCGUUCACCAUCGCCACUCUUGCACUCCCAACUUUCAUGAGAGAAAUUCGUCGGACACAUGCGUGUUCUUGGUUUAGCGAGUCCGAGAAUUUCCCCGCUAUGUGUCCUGCUUUCGUGUCGGCUAGCGCUCGGAAUCUCUCGAACCAAAAACUGGACUCGCAUCGCUCUCUCCUGGCAACACCAUGCUAACGCUGUAAUCGACUGACGGCAUCGUGAGUGGUCGUGGAAUUGGCUCGUGCAUGAUCGACGGAGAAUUUAGCGACGAUUUAUUAAAGCAUUACACAGCAGCAGCAGCAGCAGCUUAAUGGACCCUCUCGCCAUAUACCGUCCUCGUGUUGCACUCCACGGAGGCCAACUUCGAAUCGAUUGGGCUCCAUCAAAUGCAUUCGUCUUAUUUCACUGAA